AAUGUGCAGGUGAACACGGGAUAAACACAUGAACCAAAAGCAAGAAGGGAGGAGGGCAAAAUUAUCUGGCGAACAUGAUUUCUGAAUGGUGGGAUGAACAUAUAUUUACGGAUAAAUGGCGUGCUAUGCUAUCGCACUUAACCGAUAUAGCUGCAUCAGGAGGUAUAGCCUAAAUUGCCUAUCAAAUAAUAACGGGAUGUCUCUCGCGAUAUAUUUCCUCCCAUCAUUGUUCCUCCGCUCGAUAGUCCAAGUUGGCGCCAAUGGAGUGACCCAAUUGAACUAGUAUAGAGAAGGCUACUGUGGAGAAGUAGGCUAGGCGACAGCAAUACAUUAACAAUACACCCACAUAUGGCACUGGUGACUUAACGGGCACCCGAGAAACAACAUCUGAAUUUUUUGUUUUUGUUUUUCACUGUCCCGCGAUCGUGUGACAUGACGCGUAGGACAUGAUCGAAUCAAGCCGUUGGGGCGAUUGUAGGAGGUGCGGUAAUAACCUGGCAGGAGGGAAGCUUCAUGCUUGGAAGACGUUUGCUUUUGGAGGAUCGUAUUCAUACAUGGGGCUUGAGUUGUCAUGCGGGGCGGUCCCGAAUCUGGACCCCCUGAUUGUCGGAGUCUCGGACAGAUCCCGAUGCUCACGGUCAAAUUGUUGCUUGUGAGGAACAAAAUAAUGCCUGAGGUGAACGUUACCGGAGAAGCGCCCUUACUGAACGGGGGCAGAAGAGAAGAGCAGCGUCCCUGUAAACAGUCCCUUCCCGGGUCCCUAUGCCGAGAGUCCCACUGGAAGUGCCUGCUCCUCACGCUGCUGAUGUUCAGCUGUUUCGCCACGCUGGGAUGGUGCUCCUUCUCCCGUGUCACCGUCAUGGCUGCCGAUGAACACGGCCUCUACUACGGCGUCCGCGCCCGCCUCUACCAUGACAGCCCCUGCUCCAACGGCUACGUCUAUAUCCCGGUGGCCUUCCUGAUCAUGCUGUACCUGGUCUACCUGGUGGAGUGCUGGCACUGCUUCUCUAAAACAUCCUCUCUGGCCCGGGUGAAGAUCAGCAAGGUGUACAACAGGGUCCAGAGGCUGCAGCAGGCCAUGCCCUGUAUCUGGUGGAAGGCCAUCAGCUAUCACUAUGUGAGACGGACACGGCAGGUGACUCGAUACCGCAAUGGUGACGCUUACACCACCACACAGGUGUACCAUGAGCGGGUCAAUACACACGCAGCCAGCUCUGAAUUUGACUAUGCUCAACAUGGUGUAAAGGAUGUAUCCAAGGAGCUGCUUGGCCUUCUGGAGCACCCGGCCGUACGCCUUCGUUUCACCAAGUGUUUCAGCUUUGCCAGUGCUCGUGCCGAGGCCGCCUACCUCACUCAGCGCGCACGCUUCUUCGCAGAGAAUGAGGGUCUGGAUGACUACAUGGAGGCACGGGAGGGCAUGCACCUGAAGAACGUGGACUUCCGUGAGCACAUGCUGGCCUUUCCUAACCCGGCGUGGCCGCCCUGGUUCUCUCGCCGGCGCAUGUAUUGGCUGAUCUCAGCCCUGAUGUUGUCCUGGCCACUACGGGUGGUGUCAGAGUACCGUACAGCGUAUGUUCACUACCAUGUGGAGAAGCUGUUUGGUGAGAACGAGGAAGUCAAUGACAAUGACAGCACUGAGAUGGGCAACUACCGCUUAGGCCAGGAGAAUGGGCAACGCGGUGGCCCCAGAUUACGUGUCAUAUCGAGGGUCAACACUGUGGAUAUCACUGAACUGGAGUGGCACAUUCGCUGUAACCAGCAGAUGGUGCCCAGUUACUCCGAGGCCUUGCUGAUGGACCUGAACACCAAUAACACAACCUCUUUGCCCUCUGCGUUUACCGGGGCAACACAUGUCCAUAUGAGGCGGAGCUCCAGCUAUGUCCUACAGAGCUGCCCACGCUGCUGCAGGUCCACCAGCAGCUCCUCGCUCCCCUCGCGAGUCAGGGGAAAUGUGGUAAUGGGGGCAGGAUCUUUAACAUAUGGGACAGUGGGAAGGAUGGGAGGAGGAAGGUUAGCCCUCAGCCGCAGUGGAUUCUCUCUGGGCCGUUUGCACACGAUGCGCCAGGCCUGCUUGUUUCACUCCCGCAGCCUUGGUGCAGGGAUGGGGAGUAGAGGGGAUGAAGGUGGUGGGUUUCUGGGACUGGGCCUCUGCCGGGCUAAUGAAGAAAGCAGAGGGGUCCUCGAGUCAGAAGGAUACGAAGUGGACGAGAAUAGUCUGCAGCUAGAGGAGGAUAGAGAGCAGGAACGAGAGAGAGUGAGGACCGAGAUCAUGCAGGGAGUGGCCUGUGUGACAGAGACACCACCAGCCUAUCAGGAAGCUCUCCACUUGCCUGUGUUGAUUGUCCACGGUGAGGAGAGCUGUCAUGGAGGGGAGGACCUUGACGCAGGAUAGUCACUGGAAUUGGUGAAGGUGAUGUACAGUAGAGCAGAUAUGCAAUUCUGCUCAGGAUAAUGCAAGAAAAUAGAGAGAGGAGAGGAGAAGAAAACAGGGACGGAGGAAGAAUAUGUGGCGAUAUCAAAAGGGUUGUUAAAGAGAGGGGUAAGGAAGGAGAAAGAAAACAAAUGGAAAAAUCAUGCAUUCCAGACCUGCGAGAAAGCAGUACUGUAUGUGAAAGAUGUGUAGGGAAACAAAACUAUUGUGUCACAGUAGAUUAAAUGACAGUUAUGUAGUUGCUCUUCCAAAAGAGACAGUAAUAUGUGUGUCCCAUUGUCCACAAUGAACAACAAUCGCUUUGUAUCUUUGUUCAUGAAUGUAUGGAAGUAUCAAGGAGCUGCUGAGUUAGUGCUUAACAUCAGGAGUUGUUCAUUUUUCACCAAGCUAUUAGAUUAAUUCAAGGGGCACUGCAUAAUGUGUAAACUUACAGAACUCCCUGUUAGAUGCGGAGCAAAACGCUAAUGCCAAUAAAAAAUAAGCAAUUACCAUUCCACAAAGAGUAUUACCAUUCCACAAAGAGAGUAUUACCAUUCCACAAAGAGAGUAUUCCCAUUCCACAAAGAGAGUAUUACCAUUCCACAGAGAGAGUAUUACCAUUCCACAAAGAGAGUAUUACCAUUCCACAAAGAGUAUUACCAUUCCACAAAGAGAGUAUUACCAUUCCACAAAGAGAGUAUUCCCAUUCCAC